CAGUCAAUUACCGGAACGCAAAAAUCUAAAAAAAUCUGUAAGGUUGCGACGUCGAAAGAAUUCUCCUACCAUAGAGGAUAAAGCUGAAAUUCCCCCUAAAUUUGAAAACACCAGAGGACGAGACAAAUUUCUUCUAUACGAUUCUCGGGACGACGACGAUAUUCAGCACGGUCGUAUUAUCAUGUUUUCGACAAGGAGAAAUAUGGAAAUAUUGUCAACGUGCGGAACUUGGUUUCUGGAUGGUACCUUCAAGGGAUAAAAACGAAAAUAAGCUGCCUUUUAUUUUACAAUAUUGUUUUAAGGACGCUAAGAGAAACGAUGAAAAUAACGUAAACAUUUCAGCUGUUUGUAAAGUAUGUUCGAAGACUUUAAAAGGAAGUGUGGUGUCAACAAUAAAUUUCUUAAAUCAUUUGAAGAUUAAAGGCCAUGCUGACAUGCUGAAAGAUUAUGAAAAGUUAAAGCCCGUAAGUGUUAAGGCUACCAAAAGAAAAGCGGUUCAAGAGAAUUGUACGUCGAAAACAAAAACAAUGAAGCAAAGUACUUUAGGAAUAUCAGAAAAAUCAGUCAAUUUGGACAAAUUAAUUUUAAACUUUGUGGUUGAAACCAUGUCGCCAGUGUCAAUUAUAGAAAAUAAAUCUUUUAAAGAUAUGUUGGAAGCAGCCAGUAAACUUACAAAGCCUCCUAAAGUCAUAUGUCGUCAAACGCUGAAUAAUAAAAUUGAAGAAAAUGACUUUGGUAGUGGGUAAUAAUUAUGACGGGUAAUAUUAUGAAGGGUAACUACUUACAGAUGAACUUCACUUUUGCUUAUGAUAACCUGUCAAAUCAUAAAUAUACAACGACGAAUUUAUCAAAUUACACUGGUCGACAAAAAAUAACUUUUUUUCUGAUUCAAAGAUCGGACAAGGAUAUUCUUAUAGGAUUUUCAUCGCUGAACGC